AUGUCCAAGAGCUGUGUAAUCUGCGGCACAGAGGAGAGCGAAAGCGAACUACUUAUCGAAGCUCCAUGCAAGCGCCAUCUGGUCUGCGCCGACGAUCUCGCCAGCUUUUUCGAAAAUGCGACAAAUAACGAGAGUCUAUACCCACCGCAGUGCUGCGAUGUUAUGUUUGUGUUAGACGAAUAUGAGGACUAUCUGCCCUGGGAGGUCUCUUGGGCGUACCAGGUGAAACAGCAGGGCGAGUACACAAUCCUGGCAAAAUUCCGAACAUACUGCGCAAACCCAGCUUGCGCCAAAUUCCUACCCCCCGGAAACCACGUUGAAGACCCCGAAUCGAAAAUUACAUACGCCAUCUGCGAAGCCGAAGAGUGCGGAAAGUUGACCUGUGUCAAGUGCAGGACGUUGCUCGACCAGGGAACCCAGAAUCACAAGUGCGACCAGAACGAAGACGACAAGAAGUUCAAGCAGACCGCGAACGAGAAGGGUUAUCAAGAGUGCUUCGUUUGUGGCGCAACCGUGGAGUUGGCCGAGGCAUGCAAUCACAUUACCUGCGAGUGCGGCAACUCGUUCUGUUACAUCUGCGGUGAGAACUGGCCUGGGAUGCACGGCUGCCCGCAAUACGGACCCGCGGAGUACGAUGAGGAAGGAUAUAACCAGGACGGCUUCCACCGUGAUAGUGGCCUCAGUCGUGAAGGUCUCACUCGUCGUCAAGAAAUCCUGCGUGCUCGUGCACUAGACGAGGCGCAGCGUCAGGCUGAUGAUGACGAUGAAGAUGACGAGGAAGAAGGUGAUGCGCGAAAUGAUCCUGAGUGGGAAGUCCUGCAGCAUCUGACUCCCGACCAACGCGCUAUUGUCAAUAUGCUUCCUCAUGGGCCCCGCGAAGACGCUUUGGAUCAGCAUCGCAUCGAGUUGUUCGAAAACCAGGGCAUUUUGUUCGAUCAGUUCAAUCCUCAUCCUCCGCCUCCGACUCCACACCCGCAAGACGAUGGUGAGGAUGGAGACGAGGGGGAAGAUGACGGUGAAGACGACGCGGAGCGCGACGACGAGAACAUAAACGCAGAACAUGGACCCGCUGUCGAUGACUUCCUGCCAGGUGAAGCGGGAGUCCAUGACCCAAGGUACAUUCUCGAUGCAAACGGAGAAUUGCAGAUUACCCGUGCUAUACCAAACGACCAGAACCCCCCAGAAGUGGCAGGAGCUUUUCCCGCGGACCAAAAUGAAUUCUAUGACUUCGCCGGCUCCAACAUCCAAGUCGUCCCGGCCAACGAAGAAGCUGCCCAACAAGAUGUCCCAGCCAUAGUCAGCCAGCCUCCCACUUCCGACGAAGCCGUCAACGACGACGCACCCGGAGCUUAG